AUGACGGGCACUCAAUCAACGGCCGCGGAGGCGGCAACUGUCAAGAAGACCAAGACCACUCCUCCUGCUGUCAUCACCGUGGAUACUUCUACUGGCAAGGACGCUUCUUCGGCGGAGCAAAAUGAUGGGAAAACCACUCCGGGAGAAAAGAGCAUGGGGCAAGCUCGGACUCCAAAACAUGCCAACAAGGGACGUGAAGAGGAUAACAAAGAAGCAUCCGCCGCAUCUUCGUCUGCUGCAGCAGCUCCUUCUUCCUCCGCUGCUGCUGCUUCAUCUCAUGGAGCAUCCAAGUCGCAAAUUACUCCGGAACGACACACUAGUCUCAAGUCUGGACCUGUAGAUCAGUAUGGUAGACCCAUCGGUGGACCUCCUCGUCCUCCUUAUGGUGGAUUUUCUCCUCCUCGGCCGUAUGAAGGCCGUCCAUUAGGUGGAAAUGGAGCCUUUCAGCCUCACGAAUCGCGACAACCUGGCCGAAAUGAUCCACCGGCUUAUUACGGUGGCCACGGCCGUCCACCAAUGCAUGUAUCGCCACCUCAUGGGCCUGGGCAUGGAGAUUACCGACCUGGAUAUUAUGGAGGGCCACCGCCGGAUUAUCACCGAGGUGGAUAUCCGCCAUAUGAUUCGAGAGGACCUCAUUAUGGGCAUGAUGGACCACCACCGCCUGGCUAUCGUGGUCAUCCAGGAGGUCAGUACAGGGGCCCACCAUAUCCUCCCAGUUACAGUGGGUAUGAAGGUGGCAGCUGGGGUGGUCCUCCUUAUGGUCAUAGGCGUCCGCCUCCUUACCCAGGCAUGGCACCCAUGGAGUACCAACGACCACCAGCAAAUACACAUGAAGGUCGCUACAUCGAACAGCCACCAGCAGAUGGCAGCAGCUUUAGUAGGGCUGUCUCUUCUUCCUUUGGUAGUCGAACGGAUGAAAAGCCAAGCGCCUCGGCCAUGCCUAGAGACCCUCAAAAUACAGAUCAGAAAAUGGACCCGCCACCAAGUCAUCGAUAUGCCGGUGGACCGCCUCCGCCACACCCAAAUUCGGCGGGCGGACCUCCUCCACCCCAUGAUGGAGAACAUUCCGACGACAAUUCAUGGAGACAGCUCAAUCAAGUGGCAAGUGUAGAUGAAGGCGUCAUGCGGGAACGAAUGGUGAAACAGGAAGAUAACUCAAGAGAUAUCAAAGUGGAGCAAGCAGCCAGCAACUCAUCAUCACUGACCAAUUCGCCCACGGAAGCCCACGCCCACGAAAAUGAUGCAGACAAGAAGCGAGCAUCCAUCCCAACACCGUCCAAGUUGGCGUCUUUGGAUUCCCUUUCAUCGGUUGCCUCGGCUCAAGAACCACUGAAUACAAACAAGGACGCAAAGGUGGCUGCAAAUGCCAACCGCGACAACUCGGUGGGACACCUUAGUCCUGGCUCUUCGGCAUCACUUGAUUUGAUGAAAUGCUCGAGUGGCAGUAGUGGUCUGUUGCACCUGGCGAGUCAAGGAUGGAGCGCCCCGCCGACGGAUACUAGAAUCGACUCGAAGCGAUCACGCGAUGAGGAACGAGGAGAUGCCGACACAUCCAAAACUGGAGAACACACCGAGCUACGACGGGCACCGACCACUGAGACAGAUGGAAACCAUGGAGAAUCUACCGAGGCACGUCCCACAAAGAGAGGCCGCACCGACGAAGCCAGUGCAGCAGAACCUGGCAAGGAAUCUGCAAAGUAUAAAGAGUCACCCCUGUCAAUUGCUUGCAGUCCACCUCAUUCUCCUGGGAAAACCAAGAACGAUCGAAAACCUCCUCCAGCUGCAGCAGCUGCUCCAGCACCACCGGGUUCUCAUAAGGAGCGCUAUUACCAGUCUCCUGGCCAGCUAGAGGGAAAUUACUUUGACAAGGCACCGUCCUACACCUACUCCAUGGACUCUGCCCCACCAUUCCCCAAGGACAAUCAACGUCCUGCAGGGUAUCCUCCACUUCCCCAUCGCCCUGGGUCUUCCUCCUCCUCAACCCUUACUCCUAUGCAAGUAGAAGGGCACGAUAACCAUCAACCAAGCGGGGUGGGUCCAUCUCUGCCUUCUUGGGAGAUUCAGCAGCAAGACAGCUUUAGCGGGGGCAGUGCUGGCGGUGGAGCUCCGCUGAUGAAUAGCUUUAGCUUUUCGCAGGACUAUCCCAUGCUUUCCAGUAGCGGGAGCAACCUUGGCAACUAUGACCACGGCCCCGCGAUGCCUCCGCUUGGUUCUAGCCAUCCGGGCAAUCCUCCUCCACCAUCAGCAUCAGCAUCGGGUCAGGCGCUUGAAUCCAGAAAUCAGUCAUUCGAGGGAGGCCAUUACCAUGGAAGUUUCAGUCGCUCCGAGAGUAUGGACAUGAGCUAUGGUAGCCAGCGACCUCCGCCGCCUUACAACGAAAACUACAAGUCCCACCACCCUCCGCCAGGUUAUAUCCAUCAUGCUCCAUCGUGGGGUUCGCAUGGACCACCACCUGGUGCACAAGGUCACUAUGGACAGUACUCCCGCAUCUCACAUUCGGCAAGUUUUUCUCAGGGAGGUCCAGGCCCAGGCCCCAUGAUGCGCAACUACUCGGAAGAGCGUGUUUCUCCUCCACCUGGCCCGCCAGGAAUCCGUCACGGCGCAAACCCACCGGGUCGCUCCAGUUUCCAGCCUCCUCCAGAGUUCAUGGCUCCUCACAACCCUCACCUGACUAGGCGCCCACAGCAAGCUGUCUAUCUGAUGUCAUCUCCACCUGGAGGACACAGCGGGUCAUCCAAGUCAGCUAGUGGAACUUUUUCGUGGUCCAAGGAAGACGAUAUUCGCUUGACGGAAAUCAUGAAGAAGUACAAGAACCCCCGAGACUGGGAGCCCAUUGCCAAAGAGCACGGGCGAGGUCGAACCUCGAAAGAGUGUCACGAACGUUGGAUUCGAUACCUAAAACCUGGAGUGCGAAAGGGUCAGUGGACGGAUCACGAGGAUGCAAUCGUCAUCGAGGCCGUCACAACUUCUUCGGAGCAACCUUUCACAAGAUGGUCGGACUUGGCACAGCGACUACCAGGUCGAGUUGGAAAACAGAUCCGAGAUCGUUGGGUCAAUCAUCUUAAUCCAGAGAUCAACCAUUUGCCUUUUUCUCGAGAAGAUGAUUUACUCCUAUGGGAUGGUCACAAGAAGCUGGGCAAGCGAUGGGUGGAGAUUUCAACCAAGUUCUUCAACUCUAGCAGGUCGGAAAACCACAUCAAGAAUCGGUGGUACAGUGCUUCCUUCAAAAAGUUCAUCGCAAACGAGUUUGGGGCGGAUGCAUACAAUGGGGGGAAGGGUUCAAAGAAGGAAUCACCGAGCAAGAAGAAGAAACCACCCACAAUCAAGGAAGAGGAGGAGGCAUCUGAAGUCCAGGCGAUUUAA